AUGACUCUUCCACUCUACCCGGACGAUCUGAUCAGGAGCAAAACCGAUCCCUCCCGGCUUGGAGUGGUCGACAGCACUCAUGGCGACGUGGACUCUCAUCACUACCAUCCCGACUCCCGACAGGGUAUUACAUGCGACCCUGACAUCCCAAAGCCCGCUUUCAAAAAGUUUCUGAAGACCAGCAUCCCUCCAUCAGGCUCCGUGGUGGUUGUGUGGCAAAGCAAGUUACAGCCGGAACUCGUCCCGGAAUCAAAGCUGGAGGUCUUGGGUCGAUCGCUGAUCGUUGGCGAUGUCGUAAAGAAGGGCGUGCAAGAUGCCAUGAGCGGCGUCGUCAUCAACGCUUUUACCACAUGCACCCUCCAGCCGAUAUGUCAGUGGCAAGCGCGCGAACCCGUCCGUCCCGCCCCGAUCAUCGGCGUCCCAGCCGGCGAGCUACAGUAUGCCCACACUCCGCCGACUCACGAGGACAUCGUCAUCUACAAAGGCUGGAUAGGCCGAGUGCUCGACGCGGUAACAAUGGUCGCGCUCCGGCUCUCUAACAACAGCGUCGUCGAGGUUGGCGACCACCAGGCGGACUCGUUGGAGGGAGCGUACGAGACAUUCAGUGUGGGGGAUAUUGCCACUACCAAGAAAAGCGCAUUGCGGACGGGAAACUGGAUCUACGGACAAUACAAUCCCAAGAUCAUGCCCGUCGGCACCGUCGUGCAUGUUCGUCUCGUGAGUGUCGACGUUGAGUGGUUGGGACGGCGGAUUGGAGGCAAAGGCGAUGAAGUCGCUCCACCGAAUCUGCUGGAGAGGUCGGCGUUGGAAUCUUCAGAAUUUCAUGUGUACGAUCGCACGCGGUGGCCGAAAUCCACUUCCAGGGCUACUGCGGAACAAACUACAUCGAAUUCGGAGAUUGAUGCACAGCUGAACUUACGAGUGCGUUUCCGGGACCUGUCAGGCGCAUGCGUCAAGUACGAUGGAAGGGACGGCAACGGUAAACUCGAGCGCAUCGAUCGCAAAGACACGUUGGGCUACGAUUUGAACGUGUUCGAGGUGAUGAAUUUCCAAACAGACGUCGCCGUGCAGUGGCAAGAUUUGACAGUCACGCGUGAACGCAGUACCGCCCUGAUACCCGAUCUGGCCAUCGACGAUCACCACAGCGUAUGGCCUGGCGAAAUUGCUCACUCGCCUGAUCUCAUCCCCAACCCUGACAUGCCACACGUACGGCAAGCAAGGCGGGUCGGGAUUGUCCAGACGGUCGAUGCUUCGGACAGAAUGGCGAGGAUACGGUGGUGUCCAAAUGGGUGCAUCCAGUAUACAGCGCCCGAAGAGAACUCUGCAGACCCCCCCGAAGCCUUGACUGGCGUAGUGGGUCUCGCCACCGGGGAGGUAGAAGAGGUCAGCUUGUAUGAUAUUGAAGCGCCUGCAGAGCUGAACGUGAGGCGAGGCGACCUCGCUCUGAUCACCAACACUAGAUGGAAGUCGCCUAGCCCGCAUGAAGAAGGGGAAGACCGUGACUGGAUCGGUGAGAUCGUGGAUACGAAACUCGACGGGUCCUUCCUCAUUCGUCUUGGUGCGGCAGAGCUCGUGCGAGAUGUGAUGCUCCAACGAGAAGAUUUUGCUGUCGCAGUUCGGUCCGACGGGACGGACGUUGUUGACGAGCCGGAGGAUCUUAUGAACGUUCAGAUGAAUUCCGACGGGGAGCUGGAGUAUGUCGACGACGAUGAUAUGAUGGAGGACCAAGACGACUUUUCUGAUGACGACACCAAUACCGACACUGAUUCCGAGGACGAUGAGAUGGAUGUGAGGUAUGAGGACGAGAAUGGCGAACCUAUGGAUAUUCUUGACGUGGAGGAUGAGGAAUGGGAGUCUGAAAGUGAAGGGAACAACGCCGAUGCCAACAUGGAAGAGUCAGCCGUCCCUCCGCAAGGUGACUCGCCGUCGCUACCAGCCUCAGGAACGAACGACGCCAUACCGGCAACAACCUCAGAACUCACCAACCACCCAGAACCAUACCUCAUUCUAUCCACCCCUGUUCCAACAACCCACGCCUUCGCCAACCGUCCUUCUACCAUAUCGCCAACCCACACAAAACGCACGGCAAAGGAACACCAAAUCCUCCGCAAGUCCAACACCCUCCCAGCCGGCGUCUGGGUGCGCACAUGGGAAUCCCGCCUCGACCUCCUGCGCGUCCUGUUCAUUGGUCCCGCGGAAACACCCUACAUCCACGCCCCGUUCGUCGUCGACUUCUGGCUCCCACCCACCUUCCCCGCCGAACCCCCUCUCGCCUUCUUUCACCCUUGGCCCGCCGAAAGCGGCACCGGCGCAGCCGGCAGAGUGAAUCCGAAUCUCUACGAGGACGGCAAGAUCUGCCUCUCCCUUCUGGGCACGUGGGACAGCGAGGGGAAGCGCGAGGGCUGGAGCGCGGGGCGCAGCACGCUGUUGCAGGUGCUCGUCAGCUUGCUGGGCCUGGUGCUCGUGCGGGAACCGUACUUCAACGAAGCGGGGUAUGAGGCGCUCGUUGGGUUGGAGAGCUCGAAGCGGCCGAGUGAAGUGUAUAGCGAGCGGGUGUUUUUGCGGGCGCGGAUGUUUGUUGUUGCUGCCCUUGGGGGCAGGGAGGGUGUGGAGGGGAUGGAGGAUGUGGUGCAGUGGGUUUAUAAGCAGCAGGAUGGGCUGAAGCUGCUGGAGCAGGUUGUGGGAGAUGCGGAGGGGAUGUUGAAGGGAGAUGAGGGGGCUUUGAAGCGUGCGGCGCUGCCAGUGUUGUCCAAAGGGGCAUCGAUAUCGCUGCUGAAGGUGCUGGAGAGAUUGAAGGAGCUGUGA